AAUUCUUGACAGCCAUCUAGAUGUUAAGUUAUGCAACUAUAGACUUUGAGACUGCAAAUUUCCUACAUUCAACCGUCUUCCCAUAUAUUCCAUGUUCUUAACUGUCUUGAACAACUGGAAUUAGCUUAUCAUUGUUAUUUAUUUAUUAACUUGUUAAAUAUUAAAAUUUCUGAAAACACAUAGUAUCUAUCCCUUUCAACCUUCAAAUUCUUUAAAAAAAAAGCCUCAACACAGAAGCCUCCAAAUCUUCCGAUACAAACAGAGUCACAAACUUAGAAGUAGUGUGGUGUCAUUUGACUUCGUUAUUCACGAGACUCGUCAAAAACCAUGCUAUCCAAUGAGUCCGAACAGCAGUGGCCAUUUAACCCUCUAGACAUUUUCCUCUUAAAUAUUGAUCAUCUCUUGCUUCAGCAGGCACCCUCUUGAACUUUCAGUGCAUACAUUUUGCAUUUGGUAUUAUAGCAUACAUAAUGGCAAGAAUAAGCAGAGGUCAUGGCUGCUUAAAUCUCUUGAUACUACUUGUAGUGUCUACAAAUUUAUUGAACUCUUUGGAUGCACAAUCACCAACUCCUACUCCUUCACCUUCUCCGACGCCUACUCCUUCCCCCGCACCAACACCUACACCUACACCUACACCUUCUCCGACGCCUACUCCUUCCCCCGCACCAACACCUACACCUACACCUUCACCUGCUCCAGUUCCUACACCUGCUCCAACUCCUUCACCUGCACAUUCACCUUCUCCUACAACUCCACCGUCAUCUCCUUCUCCAUUACCUGAUUCGCCUCCACCGGCUAGUGGAGGUAAAUCUGGUCUCAGUGGUGGUCAAAAGGCAGGAAUAGUAAUAGGAACACUAGUAGGAGCAGGUUUGAUAGGUUGGGGUGGAAUGGUUUAUAGGAAGCGCCAACAAAAUAUCAGAAGAAGCAGUUAUAGUAAUUCAGCCAGGGACUAUGAACUUUGAACUAGCAGGGUUUUUUUCUCUUCUUUUUAUUCUAUUAACAUUCAAUCAUUCAAUUCAAUGU